AUGACAUUGCUGGGCAUAAUAUAUUUGGUUGUUCUUUCUUCGGUGAUUACAUUAGCAUUAUCCUCAGACUCGGAACUAAUCUGUCCUGACUUUGAUCCAGGCAAUUGUUAUAGCCGGCUGUUUGAACCGUCUACGGAGUGGCAAAUGGUGAAACCAGGUCAGGUGAUACCUGCCGGAUUAGACGUUAGGAUGGAUUUGGGAGACUCAAAUUCAAGAGAAGCAAGAAUUUUACGAUCAGAAGAUUCGGCCGAUCGGGUAUUAGCACGUGACAAGGCAGUAAUAGUGGCGGACAGUCCGGAAACGAUAGCUGGAAAUCCAGAAGAUAGACAAGAGUUUACGUUGGCAUUAGGGACUAUUAUAAGGCUGUAUGACGAAAGAUCGUUUGCGGAAGUUAAUGAGAAGGAAGUUGAAGGCAAGCUUGAAAUCUUGGCAGAGUUGGGAUCGGAUAUCGAUUUUGGAGUAGAAAUCGCUAUGCAUGCAGAUGUUUUUUUGGCCAUCAGUGGAUUAACCGAUGAUGAUGAGUUUUGGAAAAGCAUAGAAAAUAAUUUUGAUUUCAAGGACAGGAUGCAAGAGUUGGGUACGCUGUGUCUUUCGAGCGCAUUGCGUAAUAAUGAAGAAGCAUUAAAACAUUUUUCAGAAAGUUUCGUGGACAUGCAAGAAUUGCUAGAAAAGCUCAUGGAUGCAAGCAGCAAUCAAAAAUUACUGACACGAAGGUUGGGAUUAUUAGGGGCUUUGAUAGUGGACGAUAAUAUAGAAGAAAAAAUGCUACUGCCGAGAAAUCAGCUUAGACUGUUGAACCUAUACGGAGAUUCUAAAGAGAAACAGUUGCAAUCGCGUAUUUUAAACGUUCUCGAAGACCUUAAACUAAAGCGUGGGCAGGAGGAGCAAGAAUUGUAUGCCGCAAAUGAUGACGAAAGGUUUGCACAUAUGGCCCAAUGCCAAUUAGAAAGGCUAGACAAUAUUCAGGGCGAUGAACAGGGUGAAAUUUUACUUUACACGCUCUCUAAAUUGGCCGGAAAGUUCAAAGCACAGCCGGAAUUCCUAAAUUGGUUGAAUGAUCAAAUUGAAAUUGAAAAGAGGAACCCAAUUGGGGUAUCCAAAAGAGAUACUAGCAAGGGUUACACGAGUCACCUUGAUUACCUUAUAGAACUCAGGCAUCUCGUGUUUGGAAAUAGGUUGGGUAUGAGAAAGGCAUACGCCGAUGAAUUAUAA